GACCAGGUACAAGAUGACCUAAAGCGUGCAACUGGAGAAUUCACUAAGGACGAGAACGAUGCUAACAAACUCAACCGCAUUCUUCAACUCACAGGAUUCAGUGAUCCAGUCUAUGCUGAAGCAUAUGUGACAGUACACCAUUAUGACAUUGCACUUGAAGUUACUGUUCUCAACCGGACAAAGGAAACCCUUCAAAAUCUGUGCUUGGAGUUAGCAACCAUGGGUGAUCUGAAACUUGUUGAGCGUCCUCAGAACUAUAGUUUGGCACCUGAAACAAGCAUGCAGAUAAAAGCAAACAUCAAGGUCUCGUCCACAGAGACCGGAGUCAUAUUCGGGAACAUCGUCUAUGAGACAUCAAAUGUAAUGGAGCGAAACGUCGUGGUUCUUAACGAUAUACACAUUGAUAUCAUGGACUAUAUCUCCCCUGCUGUUUGCUCAGAGGUUGCUUUCAGAACCAUGUGGGCAGAGUUUGAAUGGGAAAACAAG